AUAGCUGUUCAGUACGAUUCCGAAAUUCAACGCUUCCUGACACGCGCUGCAAAUUUCCGGCACUCCGCUCACGUGGGUUUACCGAUCGCGUUUCUCUUCUCCAAGAAGAAAAAAAGCAAACAUCCCUCACGAAAUUUCUUCUCCUCAGCCAAAAUAGGCCAACUCGAGUGAUGACAUCGUAGAGUUGGGUGGAAUUUUGAGGCCGAAUUCAAUAUUUGCUACCCUGAAUCAAUUUUAUUUAUUCAUUGAGCAGAGUUCUCGAGCGUUCGCAGCUUGGAACUACAAUAUUCGUUAAUUCAGAGUUCAUCGGAAUUCGUCACGUAUAUUGCUUUUUUAAUUCCAUUAUUCGAAACUAUUUUGUGCUCUUUUAAAUUGUCUAAUUUCGAGUGUGUUUUGAGGACUUAGUUCAAAAUGUGACGCGCUCAAAAUUUCUACGCUCGGACCGAUGAAAUUUUUGUUACCCUCCCAGAUGGUGUGGAUUCUGAAUUCUGAUCUGGAAGAGCGCCACUGUUUCUGUUUUUGUCAAUCGCCAAAAUGAGUCCCCACGCACUCAUGAAAAUGAAUGGGGGAGAACGGAGAGAGGGGAUCAUGGCGAGUGUUUGUCGCUUCCACGUCGAGAGACCUGUCUACCAGCAGGAAGAACUCAACGAUGAAUACAAAAGUGAAAGAACCUCAUGUAAAUCUUUAGAUGAUCUUCAAUCGAGUCAUAGGAAAUUUCGCCUGAGCUCUUGUCUAACGACUCUGAUACCAGCCCUAAACUGGUUAGUGCAUUAUCAAGUAAAAGAUGACUUAUUUAAAGAUUGUAUAGCAGGCAUAACCGUCGCGGUUAUGCAUAUUCCUCAAGGAAUGGCGUACGCAAUGCUAGGUAACGUACCCCCUGUGGUGGGUCUCUACAUGGCUUUUUUCCCAGUGAUCAUCUACUCGUUCCUUGGCACCUCUAGGCACAUCUCCAUGGGAACUUUCUCGGUGACAUGUUUGAUGGUGGGCAAAGUGGUGUUGGAGCAUUCUCAACCGACGGCGGUGACGCUCGUGCCGGACGGGAACUCGACGGACGUCGACGUCAACGCCACGUCCACCCUGCCCCGGCUCGCCGCCGCAACCCCCGUCGAGGUCGCUACCACCGUCUGUUUCAUCGUCGGCAUGUACCAGCUCGUUAUGUACGUGAUGCGACUUGGAGUGCUGACGUCACUGCUAUCGGAUACCCUGGUGAGCAGCUUCACCGCGGCGGCCGCUUUUCUAGUCAUCACGUCCCAGAUCAAGGAUAUCCUUGGGAUUCAAAUGCCCAAAAAGUACAGCGGCAAUUUCUCCAUAAUCUACACGUAUAUAGCAUUUUUCCAAAGUAUUGACUCUACUAACAAGGCAGCAUUAACAGUAUCUUUAAUUACAAUUACUAUUCUCUGGAGCUAUGAUGACAUCGUGAAGCCAAGACUACGACAGGUGACCUCUGUGCCCAUACCAAUAGAAUUAAUUGUCAUACUAGCAGGCACCUUAAUUUCUAGAUUCACACCUUUAAUAGACGAGAACCAUAUACGCACCGUUGGACAUAUUGCCGUGGGUCUACCAGAACCUUCUCCUCCACGAUUUGAUUUGAUUCCAUCACUCCUAGGUGAAUGUUUUUCUAUUGCUGUUGUUGCCUAUGUAAUAGCCAUGUCGAUGGCCCUCACAUUUUCAACAAAACUGAAAUAUGACCUUGACGCAAACCAAGAAUUUCUUGCUCAGGGAGUAAGUAACGUCUUUGGCUCAUUCUUCUCCUGCAUGCCGAUAUCAGCUUCCCUCUCUCGAAGUGUCAUCCAGCAGGUUGUUGGAGGAAAAACUCAGGUUGCUGGUCUUGUGUCCUCUUCAAUUAUAUUCUGCGUUCUUCUCUGGAUUGGACCAUUUUUUGAACCCCUCCCUCGGUGUGUUCUUGCCAGUCUGAUCGUGGUUGCAGUGAAAAAUGUGUUAUUACAAGUUCGAGCAUUUCCAAAAAUUUGGCGUCUGUCAUUUUUGGAUGGCCUUGUUUACAUUCUAACAUUCCUGACAGUAAUCUUGGUGGAAGUUGACAUUGGUUUGAUUGUUGGAUUUAGCGUCUCCUUAGCUUCCAUAUUAAUCCAAGGAAUUCGGCCGUAUUGCUGCCUUCUUGGUCGAGUUCCUAAUACGGACAUUUAUGUCGAUAAAACACGAUUUAAUACUGUUGACAUGCCGGGAAUAAAAAUUGUUCAUUAUUCAGGAGGAUUAAAUUUUGCUAACCGUGGAUACUUCAAAUCUGGCAUUCACAAUUUGUUACAUUUCUGGCCAAGACAAGAAAUUAAUCGCAGGAACCAGAUGAUCAAAUCGAACAAAGUUGGACCCUUGGAGUUCAGCAAUCCUAUGAACUGUUUGAUUCUUGAUCUGGCAGCAAUGCAUUAUUGUGACCCAGCUGGUGUCAACACUCUGCGAUCAAUCGGAGAAGAAUUCAAGGAGUUAUCAAUACCCGUGUAUAUCACAGGCGCCUCAGGCCCUGUUUAUGAGAGUUUCCAAAACAAUGACUUGAUUUCUCAGAACCUAUUUCAUUUCUUCCCGACUGUGCAUGAUGCGGUGCUCUAUGAUCAAAUAAUUCGCCUGGAGAGCGCCAACACUAUCAUCCAACCGCUUCCAGAGGAAAAUUCCUCAACACUUUAAGUCUCACUCCCUUUAUGGUCCGAGGAUCAAUCAAAUUUUGCAUACUUCCAGGAUGUUAAAAUUAUAUUUAAAGGAUUUUAAAAGGGCCUAUAGAGAACUGUACUCAUACCAUUCGAAGCUACAAGACCAGGACAGACGUCAAGGGAACCCCACUCACUCAAGCCACUGUACUUUACUGGAGUACUAUACACUAUUUUUAGUAUACCAGUAAGAGCACUACAGCAUAGAAGUGUAACGUCUUUUGGCUCAUGCAUGUAAUAUGGGUUUACGUCAACUUUAGAUUUUUCCCAGAUUCAUAACAGACUAUUGUAAAAGUAAAAAUGGUUUAUUUCACAAACCUACUUUUCAGCAUGACGCAAUUGAACACCUCUAGUCUUAUUUUUCUUUUGUUCAACUCUCUCCAAGAUAAAGAUGACUUUAAGACAAAGGUAAUCUUUCUCAGACCGCCUCUACGUACUAUAUCUUUGCUUUGAAUGAGGAAAGGUGCUAAAUAUUUUGUGGAUAGUACUCACUGGAGAGUUGUGGGUGUUCAUUUAAAAUUAUAUCCUCAUGAGUUAUUUGAGAGAGGAAACCUUGGACAGCGCACCUGACUUGUAAUGACAAUCCGUUACACAUAAUUAGGGAACCGAGAUUUUCUGAUGACGGCUCCUCUAUGCCAGAUUUCAUUUUUCAUCAAAUUUGUUACUUUAAUCAUAUCGUUUGUGUACUUAAGUAUGUAAAGUCCACUGUAACAUUCUUUUCAUAGUUUUUGUUCUUAAAAUUGAUCUGUGUUGCAGGCCAGCUAGACUGUUCUGUAGGGGUCUGAUAAUAUUUUUAUUAAUUUACAAGGUUUACCUUUUGUACAGAAAGAGAGCCUGCGUAAUCAAUCUCUCUUGGAUCUGCUCUCUAGAGGAGUUAAACUGAGUGAAGCCAGACAGACUGUUCUCGGAAUUAAGUAGUAAUAAAUGUUUGGAUUUGAACUACAAACAGCGAUUUGAUCAAAUGUAGUGCAGCUGGUGUUAAUUGUGGGAAUUUCCUUUUUUUUUCAUUCAUAUGAGGCAAAAAUACAGUUCUAGAAUUUUAUUUUCAAAUUUCAACAAUGAAUUCGAUUUUAAUUAAAAACUGUGUAAAAAUAUAAAAGCUUAAUUCAACAACCAAUAAACAAAGUGGAUCUGUAAACCCUUCAUUCAAGACUGUACGAUCUGUGGUGAAAAAAUCAACAUUUUAUUUAUACUGCUCAAAAAAAAUUAAAGUUACCUUGUUAAAUAUUUGUCAAAAGACAAUUAAGGAAAUGUAAUUUUGAACUCAACCUAAAAGCCGUUUCCUUCAGCAUCUCAACAGAAGCACAUUCUAAGUUUCCAAUCGGCUUCUCUAAAAUCAUCGUAGAUGUGUCAUUUAGAAUUAAGUAUGAGGAAGUAGAUUUUGACUAUCUGUGUAAAAAUAAGUUGAUUAAAUUGUAUGAUAAUAUGAUGAUAAUUUUUCUGUCCUGCCAAGAUUUACUUUGAACGCCCAUUUCUUCCAGCGUAAUCUAUCAUUUGUAUCCCUGUGAAAAAAUAAAAUUCUCUCAUACCUAUUUAUUUUUUUUUUUUUUUUUUUUUUUUUUUUUUUUUAUAAAGCUUGAUUAUGACAAGUGAAAAUUUGAAAAAAAAAAAAGUAAAUAAAGCAAUGCGAGUGUCAUUCAUAUUGGGAAGAAAUGAAUUUUUUACUGAAAUAUUGUUUGAAAUUUUUCUUUAAUAUGCCUUUUUUUCAUUUAAGCUCCAGUCUUGUGACAAGAUAAUUUAGUACAAUGUGAUAUCCCUCCUCAUAGUAUCUUUAGUGAUACCUUGUGCCUUUACGUGAUUGUGAUAUUUUAAUGAUUUAGCAAAUUAGUUUUAAGAACUGUACAGAUAGGAGAUAGAUGUUUGACUUGCUGAAAAAAAUUCCUUGUUUGAAGUUUAGGGACUGUCGAUGAAAAAUAAAUUGCAUAAUGCAGUUGAUUGUUAGCUGCGUCUUUAAAGGAGAAAGGAAAAAGAGCCCAUGAAUUUAGAACCCUCUUGCUUUAAAAGAGUCAUUCUAUUUGUAAUAAGAUUAAAGCUUUUCUUGAAGCCUCCAAGGGACCUGUACUUUUUGCUCAUACAUUUUUACCAAAUAUGUAUAGAAGAGACUAUUGGAAAUACUGACCUGUUUACAGAUCCAAUCAAUUUAACUCAAUCAUAUUUCUUCAUAAUAUUGAUAGGUAAUAACUGCUGUUAACAACGUUAAAAGUUGAAAAUGACUCCUCCAUAGUUUCCAUUUCUUAUGUUUAUUUUUUCCUCCUCAAAAUUUGUGAGAUGGAGAGAGGUCAAGUACUUUUACAGUUUAAGAUGCUCUAAGUUUAAAAAGUGGCUGAAAUUUUUGGAUCGAUUGUAAAAUACACUUGUCUUAAUUUUCCAAAAUUUACCCUCUGUUAAAACUCUCAUAUUGAGAGCUACUUGUACCAUUCAUCGAUAGGAGACAAUGCUUGUUUUUCAUUGACAAAGGGAAAAAACAGCUCCCAUAACUAUUUGCAGUUGCUGGACAAAGAAUAAAUUGUGGAAAAUGAGUCUCAAGUUUAUUACCUCUCUGAAACUUUCAACCUCAUAUAUUUUUCUGACUUCCAGAAAAGCAUAUUUUAUCAAUAUAUGAGUAAAAAUCACAAUGCCUAUGUAAAAAACCAUACGUGAAAUCUACCUCUGGAGAUUGCCCGAUUACAAGAACAACACUGACACUGUGACAGACAUAAUAAUCAAUAGUGUAGUAAGAGUAAUUUUGUAUAUAAUGUAAUUUAUUCUGUGUAUUUUGUUAAAAUAAAAACUCAUAGAAACUUA